GCGCGAAAAGCCGCGUUGUAAAUACAGUGCAAUCAUUUUCUUACGUGUCUUAGAAUGAAAACAAACUUCAAUACUUUUUAGUGUCAUAAAAAACAUGUGUAAAAAUAAAAUAUUUUUUUAAUGUGUCAGGUAUAUAACGAUUCAUAAUAUCCAAUUCCAUUCAGCCUCUAGGAAAGGGUUUGAAAGUGACGUAGAAUAUGAAACUUUAUAGAAAAGUGAGAUACUGUGAUGAUCGUGUAAUAAAUGAAUGUAAAGAAAAUGUUUAAAGUGUUUUCAAACAACAAGAAAAAUUAAAAGUAAAUAUUACCUACUGACCAGAGAUUUUUAAUUAAUACAAGUGAAAUCUAGUCAAGAUGGUGACAGAGGAUCUCCGAAAGAGGAAUUCGGCGGAAGUCUGUGGGAACGACUUUGAAAUGGAAACAACUGAAAAGAAACCUGACACAUCGAAUGGAAAUAUAACCUUCGAGUGUUUGGAGUACGUGCCGAGCGGGUGCCUAGAAUUAACCUUAGCUAGGGUAGGCAAUUCUACGGAGGACUUCAUAAAUAAGAACGGCUGGGCUAUGAAAACCAUCUCCAUAUUCAUCCUUAACGGCCUAGUUGUAGGGUUCUUUUUCGGUUGCCUGUAUUAUUGGUUAAAUUACAGUGAAGAACCUCUCGAGCUUUGCCACGGCUUCGGCAGUUUGAUAGCCUUCUUAGGUAUAAUAUACUUCUUCGUCAUCUACUUCCUCGUUGUCAAGAGGUACAUCGGGAAGUGGUUCGAAACUACUGUGUGGAGUCCGGUAGAGAGCGCCUACUUCUACUUGUGGAGGAUAACCAUUUUCAAAUGGUGUUUCUGUCUCGCCAUUCUCGCUGCCUUGGCAAUUUUCAUCUACUGGGACACGAGGCAAUCUCCCGAGAGACUCAUCUCCCUGCUCGGACUGUCUCUGCUCUUACUACUCGCGUUUACCUUCUCGUCGAGUCCGGGCAGGAUCAACUGGCGAAGUGUCAGUAUGGGGAUUCUCAUGCAGUUUCUUUUCGGCGUGGUGUUCAUACGCUGGGAGGCCGGCCGGUACGCUUUACAGUGCUUUUCUGACAAGGUUGCUACGUUCUUAUCUUACGGCGUGGAAGGUGCAGCCUUUGUGUUCGGGGAUCUUCUCGUCAGAGAUGAAAAAGUGUUCGCCUUCAGUUCUCUUCCUGUGAUAUUCUUCUUCAGCAUGCUGGUGGAAGUGCUGUUCUUCUGGGGUGCGCUGCAGUGGUUCUGCCUCAAGUUAGGAAGGCUGCUGCAAACUGCCACCGGCACUACAGUAUGCGAGAGUGUUAUCGCUGUGGGGAAUGUGUUCCUCGGAAUGACGGAAUCCAUUCUCCUGGUGAAGCCGUACCUCUCACUCCUGACGCCUUCGGAGAUCCACGUAGUCAUGGCAUCAGGCUUCGCGACGGUGUCCGGCACGAUCCUGGCGGCGUACAUCGGCUUCGGCGCGGAGCCGGCGCACCUGGUGACCGCCAGCGUCAUGUCGGCGCCGGCGGCCAUCUGCUACUCCAAGCUACUGUUGCCGGAGACGCGGCGCUCGCUCACCUCCAUCGACAACAUACAGCCCGUUGAGAAGCAGGACCAGUCGGCCCUGUCAGCGGCGACUCGCGGCGCGACCAACGGCAUCGCCCUCAUCCUCAACAUCAUCGCCAACCUGGUGGCGUUCGUGUCCUUCAUCGCCUUCCUCAACGGCGUGGUGGGCUACUGCGGCGGGAUGCUGGGCCGCCCGGACCUCGACCUCGAGUGGAUAUUCGGCAAGAUCUUCAUACCUUUGAGCUGGUUGAUGGGCGUCCCGUGGGAGGAGUGCGAGCACGUGGGCACGCUGAUUGGGCUAAAGACCAUUGUCAACGAGUUCGUGGCCUACCAGCGCAUGGGCCAGAUGAAAAAGGAUGGCUUGCUAUCGCCCAGGGCAGAGCUCAUAGCGACGUACUCGCUCUGCGGGUUCACGAACCCAGCUUCAGCAGGGAUCAUGAUUGGCGCGAUCGCCUCCAUGGCGCCCAACCAGAGGGAGACCUUGUCAAGCAUUGCAGUGCGCGCGUUUUUCGCCGGCUGUGGAAUUUGCUUCAUGACUGCGUGCAUAGCAGCUCUCCUCAUGCCAGAAGGAUCCUUUGGAUAGAAGAGAUAACAUGAAAAUUAGUAAGAACGCAUGCUCCUUCCACUGCUCGUGAGAAUGAACUCAAGCGGUCAAUCAACUCGGUCAUCGGAUAAAAAAAAUUAAAACAAAAAUUAAAGGAUUUUGUUAUCUGAUACCGAUUUCAAAUAAAGUGCCCUGAUUCCCUACAAAUAAUCCCUCUGUUGUGUGUUUAGUGCCUUAAUUUUGCAACGAAUAACUUAAUUUAAUUAUUUACCUACUUAUUUAAUGACAAAUUAUUAUGAAAAUAAAGUUAUAUCUAGUAUUAAGUAAAGUUACAGUGUGAUAUUAUAUUAAUAAAAGAUAUAUUUUUAA